ACUAUAAAAAGCCAACAAAAAUGGCGGAUCCUGGCGACAUUUUCGGUAGUGGAGCAGAAAGUGAUGAAGAAAGUCGUGGAUCUGGAUCACCUGUUGGAGGAGGUGGAAGUCCUGAUAGUCAACAUUCAGGAAGUCCAGCUGGCAGUCCGGUUGGGUCAGGAAGUCCGGCUGGCAGUCCAGUUGGAUCAGGAAGUCCACCUGGCAGUCCGGUUGGGUCAGGUAGUCCGGCUGGCAGUGGUUCCCCACAGAGAUCCGGAUCUGGGUCACCGCCUGGCAGUCCUGGAUCUAUAAACAGGAGUCGAUCUGUAACACCAGUAGGAUCUCCGGUAUCAGACAGGUCAGGUUCUCCAGCUCAGUCAGGAAGUCCAAGGAGUGCAUCAGGAAGCCCUGCAAGAAGUGGGUCGGGAUCCCCUGCUAAAAGUGGAUCUGGAUCACCAGCCAGAAGUGGAUCAGGAAGUCCAACCAGAAGCAGAUCAGGAAGUCCUAGGAGUAGAUCAGGUUCUCCAGCCAGAAGUGGCUCAGGUUCACCGGCCAGAAGUAGGUCAGGUUCACCGGCCAGAAGUGGCUCAGGUUCACCGGCCAGAAGUGGCUCAGGUUCACCGGCCAGAAGUAGGUCAGGUUCACCAGCCAGAAGUAGAUCAGGCAGUCCCAGAAGUAGGUCUGGAACACCGACAAGGAGCAAAUCAGGAAGUCCAGUCAGAUCCAGGAGCCGGUCACGUAGCAGAAGCCCAGGUCAGGGAUCAGGAAGUGACAAUGAGUCGGAUAUUGGAAGAAAGAAGAAAAAGAAGGUGGUGGGGUCAGGGUCAGAUUCUGAAGACAAUGUAGAUGCCACAGUUGGUGAACUGUUUGGAGAUGCUGAUGACAUCAGCUCGGAUGAAGAGGUCAAGGCGAAAAGAUCAGAUGCUGAAGAGGAGGAAGGGGGCGGGUCUGAUCGUGAAAGACGGACUCCUGUUAUAGGUGAUGAGGACGAGGAGCCGGUGGAAGAGGAGAUCCCGGAGACGAGGAUUGAGGUAGAAAUACCUCGCAUCAUGACGAAUCUCGGGAAGACACUGCACUACGUCAAACUGCCAAAUUUCCUAAGUGUUGAAACAAGGCCGUAUGAUAACCAGAGCUAUGAAGAUGAAAUAGAUGAAGAUGAGGUUUUAGAUGAAGAAGGAAGAGCUCGUCUGAAAUUAAAGGUAGAGAACACAAUUCGCUGGAGGAAAAAAAUAAAUGAAGAUGGCACUGAGGCGAUGGACGAGUUUGGGAUCCCCAUUAGGGAGAGCAAUGCUCGGACAGUUCGCUGGUCCGAUGGCAGUAUGUCCCUCCACCUUGGGGAUGAAAUCUUUGAUGUCCACACUAUGCCAAUUCAAGGAGACUUCAACCACUUGUUUGUUAGGCAAGGAACCGGUUUACAGGGACAAAACAUUUUCAAAACCAAAUUGGCAUUCAGGCCACAUUCCACAGAAUCCUUCACACACAGAAAAAUGACCUUGUCAUUAGCAGAUAGAUCUACUAAAGCACAGAAAGUCAAAGUCCUUCCAAUUUCAGGUCGUGACCCUGAUGCACACAGAAGUGAAAUGAUCAAGAAAGAAGAAGAAAAACUGCGAGCCUCCAUUCGACGAGAGAGCACACGACGGCGGAUGAAGGAGAGAAGUCAGCAUCGUGGCCUGAAUGCCCGAUAUCUAGAGGAAUUAGAAGAUGACGAUGAGGGAGGCGUGUCACUUAAUGAUCUCAAGAAGGAGUAUAAACAGAAACGGGCUGAUCGUUUCCAGACAAUAUACUCCUCAGACAGCGAUGAUUCAUAUUCUGAUGGUGAAAAGUCGGGCCGACUGAUGAAAGCAAAGAAAGGUGGAAGUGAUGAGGAUUCUGAGGAAGAGAAAGGCCCCGAAGAAGAAAGCAACAAGAAGAAGAAAGCAAGAAUUGUGGAAAGUGACAGUGAAGAGGAGGGCGGAGCUGAGGAGGAGGAAGGCGGGGCCCACAGUGAGGGCUCCAAUAAAGACAGUGAUGUGGAAGAUGAUUGACAAGUCAUGAGUCUGGAAAGAACUUUUAUGUGACUUUGUCAAGUCUGACUUUGUGAAAGGUUUGAUUCAGUGAUGUUUAAAACUUUCAAGUGACUGUGUCAAGUCUGACUUGUUAAGGUUUGAUUCAGUGAUGUUCAAAACUUUCAAGUGACUGUGUCAAGUCUGACUUGUGAAAGGUUUGAUUCAGUUAUAGUGACUUAUUGAUAUUCAAAACUUUCAAGUGAUUAUGUCAAGGCUUGACGUGUGAAAAAUAGCGACAUGUUUGUGUUCAAAUCUUUUAAAGUGACCGUUUCAAAUCUGACUUGAGGUGGGAAUAGGAUUACAUAUUAUUGAACAACAUUGUGGUUUGGAAGAUCCAGUGAUGUCAUAUUUUGCCCUUCGAGGGCCAAUUUGAAUGCCAUUGGUCUUUGAUACCAUCGCUGUCAAAUCUCAUCAUAACCUUCAUUUAGAGUCUCGCACACAAUUUUAGUAUGAAAGAAGUACCGACACAUCAUGCCAUCUUCUGUAGACAUUUAUUGAAAUUGGCAAUAUGUUUUUGUGAUGCAAUUGUUCAUGUACCAUAUACAUGUAAUAUAGAUAACUUCAUGUGUCAUUCAUCAGGCUAUUAAUAAAAUGUCUGAACAUCAAA